AUGUCAUCACAUUUGGACGUGGGUGCUGCGUAUUGCAGGAAGAGGAGGAGAGGGGGGGAGAGGGUUUUCAAGUUCAGGAGUUUCGGUGAGAAUGGUUGUCCUGUUGAGUUCGACGGGUCAUUCAGGGAUAACGUGAAAGCACUUCUAGAAUAUGGGCAUCUAGAGAGCAAUCUAUGCAAUGGAAUGUUGAGCUGGUCGUUUCAGCUCGAAGUCCACCGCCAUCCUCCUUUGCAUAUACUGUUGUUUGUUGUUGAAGAACCGAUUGAGGCAUCGAUUAGCCUUUAUUGCAAGCAUUGCCAAUAUGUUGGCUGGGGUUGCCACAUGAUCUGCAAUAAGAAGUACCAUUUCUUGCUACCAUCUAAAGACGCCGUAGCUGCAUGUUUCAGUUGUGGAGAAAGCAACCUUGAUGACCCAAACCCAGAAAAGGGUAAGUUCAAUUUAGUGGAAUUACAAGGCCAUAUAAUGCACGGUGUCUUUCAUUCAAAUGGAUUUGGGCAUUUGCUAUGUGUCAACGGGGUGGAGAUGGGUUCGGACUUGGCUGGCUACCAGAUCAUGGAUUUCUGGGAUCGUUUGUGCACCGGAUUGCAGGCUAGGAAAGUGAGUUUGAAUGACACCUCAACGAAAAGAGGCAUGGAAUUGAGAUUGCUUCAUGGAGUAGCAUAUGGCGAGCCAUGGUUUGGUCGGUGGGGAUACAAGUUCGGGCGCGGAUGCUAUGGCGUGAAUGAGCCAAUUUAUCAAAAAGCCAUAGAAGCAAUCCAAGGGAUGCCUUUGUGCUUGCUAAAUCACCAUCUCAGCAUUUCCUAUAAUGACAUUUCGGUCAUUUUCUCCAGGUAUCAAGCAUUAGCUGACCAUUCCAUGGUGACCCUGGGAGACCUGUUUGAUUUCAUGUUAGAGCUGAGGUCACGACUUCCAAAAGAAAAUUCUUUUGAUUCCUGUAACCCUGCAAUCCUGGUGGAGACUAGCUGCAGAUGGUCUCCCAAGCGAGUUGAAGCAGCCACUCGGGUGAUUGUUGAAGCUCUGAAAAGGGCUGAGUUCAGGUGGGUUUCAAGGCAAGAAGUAAGGGAUGCUGCACGAGCUUAUAUUGGUGACACAGGAUUGCUAGAUUUUGUUCUCAAGUCACUUGGAAAUCACAUAGUGGGAAACUACUUGGUUCGUCGUUGCUUAAACCCUGUAACAAAAGUACUGGAAUAUUGCCUGGAAGAUAUUUCCACAGUAUUUCCAAACCCAGAAACCCUCCUUUUAAGCAAUUCCAAAGUAAUACCUAGCUGUAAGAUUACAAAGGCUCAACUAAUGAAGGACAUUUCUUUUUUGUUCAAGCAUAUCUUGAAAGAGCAGAAGCCAACACUGAGCACAGGGAUUUUUUCUGCAAUACCAAUGGCAGCCAGGAUAAUUCUUGACACCAAAUUUCUUGUCAAAGAAUAUAGUGAAGAACUUUCUAUGAAAGUCAAAUCAAGCUUGAAUGGGAAAUUCAAGCUCUUCUGUGCAGUUAUAUUGAGAAACGAUGAAGAGAUUGAUGAAGGGUUAAAGAAACCAAUGCUCCCAUGUGAAUGUGUCACUUUACAAGAAACUGCUACAAUCAAAGACCUUAAGCUAGAGGUGGAGAAGAAUUUCAGACAAGUGUACUGGAGACUAAGGAGUUUUGCUGUGGAGACCAUAGUGAAUUUGAAUGCCAAGGGAUCAGAUUUGGUCCUUGGAUCCGUUGAAAUGGGUCAGAAAAUUGUUGUUGUCGGCAGCAACGAUGAUCAAACAGGAAUGAUCAUGAAUGAGGUAAUGAUGUGUGAAUGGGGACUAAACAGUCGCAUUGUGGAAUGCCCUUGUGGAGCCAAAGAGGAUGAUGGUGAACGGUUAAUCUUAUGUGAUAUCUGUGAAGUUUGGCAGCAUACCAGGUGUGUUAGAAUUCCAAAUAAUGAAGAAAUCCCACAUGUUUUCCUCUGCAAACAAUGUGAGGAAAAGAUUAUGUUCUUGCCUUCUCUACCAUAA